UUGUAUGUGUCACUUAAUCCUCACUAUUUCCCUAUGAGCUAGAUUACAUUUUAUCCUAAUUUUACUAAGAAGGAACAGAGAGACAAAGCUACUAACUAUCUUGCCCAAGGUCAGACAUCUUUCGUGGUGAGGCUGGAUGUCAAGUUCAGGUCAUUUGGCUGCAGCGUUCAUGUGAUGAGCGUGCUGUUAUGGUGUCAGCUGGCCUUGGAAGAGACACACUUUAAACCAUGGCAAGGCGGUGAGACUGAGCAUUGAAAAUGUGCAAAAUUUGCCUACAGACGUCCACAUGAGAAAUAGUUACAUCACUAGAAACUGAUCGCCUUUCUAUGAUGUGGCUGUUCUUUACAACAACCUGUUUGAUUUGUGGGUCUUUAAAUGCUGCUGGAUUCUUUCAAUUGGAAAAUAAAGUAAAUCCUGAAGUGUGGAUGAAUAUUAGUGAAAUCAUCACCUACAAUGGGUACCCCAGUGAAGAGUAUGAAGUCACUACUCAAGAUGGAUACAUACUACUCGUCAACAGAAUCCCCUACGGGCAAAGACAGGCCAGAAACACAGUUCCCCGGCCAGUUGUGUACUUGCAGCACGCCCUGUUUGCAGACAACGCCUACUGGCUUCAGAAUUUUGCCAAUGGAAGCCUCGGAUUCCUUCUAGCAGACGCAGGUUAUGAUGUAUGGAUGGGAAACAGUCGAGGGAACACUUGGUCAAGAAGACACAAAACACUCUCAGAGACUGAAGAGGAAUUCUGGGCCUUUAGUUUUGAUGAAAUGGCCAAAUAUGAUCUCCCAGGAAUAGUAGACUUCAUUGUAAAUAAAACUGGUCAGGAGAAGUUGUAUUUUAUCGGACAUUCACUUGGAACUACAAUAGGGUUUGUAGCCUUUUCCACCAUCCCUGAACUGGCACAAAGAAUCAAAAUGAAUUUUGCCUUGGGUCCUUCAAUCUCAUUCAAAUAUACCACAGGCAUUUUUACCAACUUUUUCCUACUUCCGAAUUCCAUGAUCAAGGCUUCUUUUGGUACCAAAGGUUUCUUUUUAGAAGACAAAAAAAAGAUACCUUCCACCAAAAUCUGCAACAAUAAAAUACUCUGGCGGAUAUGUAGUGAAUUUUUGUCCUUAUGGGCUGGAUACAACAAGAAGAAUAUGAAUAUGAGUCGAAUGGACGUGUACGUGUCACACGCUCCCAGUGGAUCAUCCAUGCAGAACAUCCUGCACAUAAAACAGCUUUACAGGUCUGAUGAAUUCAGAGCUUAUGACUGGGGAAGUGAAGCCAAGAACAUGCAUCACUACAAUCAGAGUCGCCCCCCACUGUAUGACUUGUCAGCUAUGAAAGUGCCUACUGCUAUUUGGGCUGGUGGACAAGACGUCCUUAUAACACCUCAAGAUGUGGCCAGGAUACUCCCCCAAAUCAAGAAUCUUCGUUACUUUAAAUUACUGCCGGAUUGGAACCACUUUGAUUUUGUCUGGGGCCUUGAUGCUCCUCGAAGGAUGUACAGCGAAAUUAUAGCUUUAAUGAGGGAAUAUCUUUAAAUGCGAUGCACUGAUUUUUCAGUUAGAAGUUGCUUCUGAGCCCAUAAAAGGCUUUAGGAAAGACUGAUCGACAGUGAGGCUGCCCCUUAGCACCCUUGCUGCUGUUCCUAAAUGUUCCCUUAUCUCAGCAUCCCAACUAGGAAUUAUUUGAAGUGUGCUGUUUUUCCUCUAAGAAAUGUCUAUAUCUGAAAUCUUAGAAUCUCAUCCCUUCCAUCAGGGCUAGGCCCUCUUUUAAUGAUCUAGCAAAUGUUUCUCUGUUAUAUGUAUAAUUAAGAGAUUCAUAAAGAGGACUAUUUUGUUACCUAUUUCCAUAUGUACCAUAUAUCACCUUUGUAUAAACAAUAUCCCCUCCCUAUCUUAUUUUUCAAAAGAUUGAACAUAAGUAUGGGAGUGAUAGCCUAGAGAGAAACACUUUGUCAAGGUGAACAUUGAGGAAUAUAUUUUGAGUGGGUGUGACCUUGUGGCUUCCCUAAUAUCACAAGUAGGUCAGUAGUCAUUAUGGUCCUCUGUAAACAAGCCAGGAAAUAAGCCCUUGCUCACAUCAACAGGCCUUAAAGAAAACAGAAGAACAGAAAACUAAUAAGAUGAAAGUAUUCCAGGAGCUUGUUUCACUGUUGCAAGUUAAAAAAUAAAAAUAAAAAAGACAAAAUUAGGAAAGGGUAGGAUAAGCUGAAUUACUAAUUAUUAAAAUUAUUCACUGCACUCCACUGCCUUUGAAACAGAAUUCAAUCAAUAAGGCUCUCUAAUAAUAAUGGAUUGGGACUCAUUGACAGGAGGCAACCGUCUUAAGUUAUAAAUAACAUGUGAGAAAUAAUUCCCUCCUGUUUUCCUCAGAGAAAUUAAA